AUGUCAUACAUCGCCCAAAUCUUCGACCCACUCGGUCUCGUGGGUCCUACCAUCGUAGUUGCGAAACUCUUCAUGCAGCGUUUGUGGGCGCUAAAACACAACGGAGAAACUUGCGAAUGGGAUUCACCGCUUCCGAUCAAGCUUCAACAGGAAUGGAAAGAAUUCCACUCCACGCUACACAUGCUAGGCGAGGUUCGAGUUCCACGAUUCGCAUCUCUUUCGAAUGUCAUCAACCUCCAGCUCCAUUUCUUCUCCGACGCCUCCAAGGGAGCGUAUGGCUCCUGCUGCUACGUACGAGCUGAAACAAGAGAUGGUGUGUCAGUGCAGCUGCUAACUGCGAAGUCAAAGGUAGCUCCACUAUCUAGCCGUCAUUCCAUCGCCCGGCUGGAACUAUGUGCAGCGCGACUGUCGACGCAGCUGUUCCAGAAAGUGUUGGCCGCCCUGAAGAUACCAGCUCCAGCUUACUUCUGGACGGACUCCACUACGGUUCUCCACUGGUUACGGUCACCACCUAGCCGUUGGAAGGCAUUCGUAGCCAAUCGAGUGUCACAAAUCCAGCAUGCAGUCGCCGUGAGUCGCUGGAAACAUGUUCCUGGCAUCGACAACCCAGCAGACGAUAUCUCACGGGGAUUGAAUCCAAUCGACAUUCUACAGUGCAAGCGUUGGUGGAACGGUCCUGACUGGUUGACACUCUCUCCGGCGAACUGGCCGAAUCUCCUUCCGGCCGAUGAAGACGCCGAAGCUUCCACCGAAGAGAUGCGGAAGGUCCCGGUAGUUUCGAUGGGCGUCGUACAAAGCGGUUUCCACGACGAGCUGUUCGCCCGUUUCUCCAGCUUCUCUAAGCUUCGUCGUGUCACUGCGUUCUGCUUGCGAUAUCGUCGAUCUUUGCAAGAACGCGCCACGUUACGCCGCACCGAACCGGACAAGUUCAAUCAGCUCACCCUCAACGAUGGGACAGUCGCUCCACUUACCUCCGAAGAACUACAAACCGCGGAGGUGCACCUCUGUCGUCUCGCACAACGUCAGUCGUUCGCUGAAGAACUUUCGGAUCUGGCCAGCGGGGAAAGAGUCACCAAAUCGUCAGCAUUGAAAUGGCUGAAACCGUUCGUCGAUCAGAACGGCCUUAUUCGUGUCGGUGGCCGGCUGCGCAACGCCGCCCUCUCCGACUUUGUCAAGCACCCGAUCGUGCUUUCUGCCAAACAUCCGCUGUCGACUCUGCUGGCUAGUUUCUUUCACUUAAAGCUACUGCACGCAGGCCCUCAACUCUUGCUAGCCACGCUGCACCAGAAAUAUUGGAUUCUCGGCGACAGAAACUUAACAAAAUCCGGCUCGAAGGACCAAAAAAUGUUCGAGUAUAACAAAUUCAAUUAA